ACCGAGAUUGGUCAGCAUUCAGCACCUGAACUAUUGAAAUCAUUUAACAACUAAAGACAUGACGUCUCUAAGACAGAGCAUGCUGGCCUAUGGCACACAAGCUAUGGCUUUUUCACUGAUAUCCUCAUCUUUCAACUUCUACUAUGUGAAAGUAUUCCUGGACAUCUACCACAUAGAGGAGAAGUGGUUCCAACUUGCCCAAGUGCUUUUCCUGGUAUGGAAUGCCAUAAAUGAUCCACUGUUCGCCUACCUACAGGAGUCCACGAGCAAUCGAUUCACCCGCACCCGACGUGAGAGCAUUUUGUAUGCAGCUCCGCUAUUUGCACUGUCGUACAUUGUUCCCUGGUUUUCCUGGGGAAGUAACCCUGUGAUAGUCGGUAUACACCUCAUCUUUACACUCUUCUUCUGGGAUACCAUGUUAACAUAUGUAGGAUUGGCUGCCUCAGCACUCUUCACUGAAAUAUCACAGGACCCUGACCAUCGUCUGAAACUGGUCAGGAUUGGUAGUAUAGGGUGUUUAUUUGGGGCAUGUAGUGUGUCUAUUCUGGAGUAUACCUCAGGCAGCCUAUCUAACUUCUUUGGAUUUCAAAUUGGGAGUAUUUGUAUAGGUGCAGCUAGCUAUCUGUUAUUUAGAUACACUGGUAUGAAUGGGCACACUCAAUAUGACCGUGAGAAGAUAACCUCUGGUCAGGAGUCCAAUAUAACUCACGACAAAAGCAUACAGAAUAUGUCAUACUUGAGUCUCACAUGGCAGAUAUUUAAGGACAGGAAUUUUCUCUCAUUUGUUAUAAUGAACUUUUUCCAGAUAUUUCAUACAACAUUUAUGGCAAACUUCAUGAAAGUGAUGGGUGAUGAGCUCACAGUAUCUCUUAGCAUAAAUCAGUCAUUGCCAUGGAUACAGAGCUUCUUCUACGGCAGCAGUAGGUUCCUUCCAAUGAUACUCAUCAUUAGUACAACUCCAAUGAUAGGCAAGGUUGGGUACUACACCACUAUAAAAGUCAGCUUUCUAUGGAAGAUUGGGGCAGGGAUUCUUAUGUACAUGAUGGGACGGAAUUAUCCAAUUCUAGUGCUGACGUAUAUGGCCCUGGACAGCUGUUUUGCCAAUGCAAUGUUUUCUCUGUUCAAUAUGCCUCUAUCAGAUAUUGUGGAUACAGACAUGCAGAAACAUCACAGGAGCCACCCAAUCUCUUCUUUGGUGUAUGGAAACAAUGCUUUAGUCACCAAACCUGCCAUUUCACUGUCUCCAAUGUUGACAGUGACUGUUCUUAAUCGCUUUGGCUAUCAACAGCUAAACAAGAAGCUCUUAACUGUUCCUCAAGUCGGCUCUCUUCAUGAUACCAUGUUCUUGUUGCUGUGCAUCCAGCCUGUGAUCAUAGGAGCCUUACAGCUGAUUACCUGGUCAUUCUACACAAUACGGGAUAAGAAGGCUAGCCAGGUUUUUCCUUCAGAAGUAGAAAAUAUCAUUAACACAUGAUUUUAAUUGUAUAUAGUUUAUUUGCCUCUGAAAGAUGAACAAAAUUUAUAAGUGCAAGUACCUGUUCAGUGCUCAGUUUUAAGUGAAAAAUUUAAUACUGAUUGCUUUCAUUCCAUGCCAUAAUAUUAAAGAAAUGAUAAAUCAACUAGUGAAUAUGAAAUUGACCAGGUACUGAAAACAUAUUACUCCUUAUAAAAUGUUAAAUAGUUUAUAAAUUAAAACCUGGAGCUCAUGUCCAUGGUGGGCAGACUUAUUUCUUAGGAAAAGUGGUAAUUAUACAAGAUGGCCAAAAUAGCAAUAUCUAUGCAAGAAACAAGACAACAUAGAAACAGUAAAUUCACCUGCCAUGAUUUCAUAUGUUGAAGUUUUUGUGCAAGGAAUUACUUCAUUCAAAAUUAAAUCAUUACAAUCAAUGUAUAACAUUCUAUUCCAAAGGAACCCAUCAUCUGAUACCGUCUACCUGUCUAUAACAAUCUUUUCAAAGAGAUCCCUUCAAAGACUGAUAAAAUCAUAUCCAAUAUGUAUAAAUUUAUGAUAGUAGCUUGCAGGCAAACACAUUUCUUCAAGUAGUAUCAAAAGUGUUGAAUACUUGAAAUGCUUUCUGAAAUAGGGACCUUUACCUUCUAUAAUUUCGAGGACAAUGAAGAAUAUCGUCCAUAUUCAUGUCAUCAUAUUUCAUGUUAGUUUUUUUCGCUAUCCAAAGUAAAUUGCAAAAUGAGUCUGUUCAAUGGCUUGUGUAACACCUCAUUGAUCAUCAGGUUCAGAGAUGUUGGAAAGUUCAACCUGAUAGCAGCAUCUCUUGACAAGUCAAUGGAGAGUUGUAUGACAGAGUCAUUUUUAUUUUGCCAAUAUCAUAAAAUAACAGCUGAGUUUAGCUUUAAGAAGGGUAAGCUGUAACUCAUCUUUCUCAGAGCACUCUCACCUGAAGCACUUUUUUGUACAUGUGUUUCACCAGGGACGUAUAGUACAGUAUUAUACAUCCCUGGUUUCACAAAACAAGAUUCAUGUUACAAUCUGGUGAUUUCUUCAUGAUAUACAAAGAUAACAGAUAUUUGUAUGUUGUAGUCCAAUUGAUAUUCAUGGUAAUGUUAUUAUCGAAAAUACAUACAAUGUAUGUAAAUUGUGUUAUAUAUGAAUAGAGUUUUACUUUUGUUGGUGCCAUAAUACAUCUUGAAGUCUGUAAGAGAGAGAGAGUAUUUUAUUGUAAAUUUUUAGAGAUUUUAAUUAUACGUUGUAUUGUUAAUUUGUUUACACACAAUAACAUAGUAGCUAUUAUUUAUCAAUUUUUAUUUCAAAAUAUUGUUGUACAAUUUGUUGUUCAGAUUACACACAGUUUAAAUAUUUAGAUAAAACAAGGAAGAAAAAGAAAAAUUCCUGUAGGUGUUAAGACAAACUACUGGAAAAUUUCUGAUUCAGGAUUUGUUUGGUUUAUUGUUGCUUUACAUCCUGUUAACAGCCAGGGUCAUUUAAGGACGGUGGAGGAAAGCCUGAGUUCCCGGAGAAAAACCAUUGACCUGUGGCCAGUAUCUGGCAACUGCCCUACAGAAACCUCAAAUCUUCAACCCAGAGGUGGAGGGCUUGUGAUAAAGACACUUAGAGGCUUUAACCAUUUGGCCCCCGUGCAUGGUUCAGGAAGUUCAGGUUUUUUUUUUAAUUUUGAAUUUUUUAUUUUAAAACUAACCAGACACUUUUAACCUAAUUAAUGAACAAUGCUAUAUGCAGUAACUUUGUCAUUUUUUUCUUUCUAAGGGUUAUAAUCUAUUUCCUUUCUCUCAUAGGAAGAGUGUCAUAUUGAACACCCUUGGCUUUCA